GUCUACGUGUGUAAGAAAGGUUGGUCCGACAGUGUGUGCACACCUUAGACACUAGCAGCGCUCAUGUCCAAUCCAGGUUAGCUCCGUGCCCAGUCGAAUCGGUCUUCCUCCUCCCUUGUUUAGGCAAAUGGCUGCGUUGGGUGGCAGCCGGAGCGUAUAAAUGGAAGUGGGAGCCGACCAGAGGCUGUAAUGCUGCGCCGGGUGCGGCAGUCUCUCCGGCAGGUGCUGUUCCUGAUGGCCCGCAGACCGGAUCUACUGUGCGGGGCUAUCGUGCUCGGCGUCCUGCUCAUACUGGCGGUUAAGUUCACAUGCAGCCGGGCUAAGAACGUGGUGGCGGCAGCUCGACCUCCGGUGCGGUUCUUCUCAGCAGAGGCCCCGGUAGUGGAUCUCUACUUCGGCCAGCUGGAUCAGGUGGAGCGUCUGAGGAGCGUGGCCGAGGUGUCUCUUAUUUUUUUCUAUGCGCCGUGGUGUUCUCACUCCAUGGCUGCCCGGCAGGAGGUGCAGCAGGUAGCGAAGAAGCUGGCCAAACAGGUGCAGUUUGUGGCUGUUAACUGCUGGUGGAGUCAGGGGAAAUGCAGGAGGCAAAACCGCUUCUAUCAGUACCCCAUCAUCCAUCUGUUUUAUCGGAGGUUUGGGCCAAUCGAGUACAAAGGUCCAUUUGUGGCUGCGUAUGUGGAAAGUUUUAUCCUCAAAGUCAUCACACCGCUAACGUACCUCCCGUCUAGAGCGCAACUUGAAGAGUUCCUCUCCUAUCACGAGCCUCGAGUGGUGGGUUUCUUCCAGUUUAACUCUUCGCCUCAGCCGCCUGGAUACGUCACAUAUCUGUCCUCGGCCCUGCAGGCCUUAAGAAGGGAUUUCCGUGGUGUUGUGCGUUUCGGGGUCGUGACCAACAAACAGGUGGCAGAAGCCAUUUCCGUGAGAGAAGAUGAAACUGUUUACCUCCACAGAAGACUCAACUCCUCUUUGAUUUUCCCUAGAAGGGAACGUAACUUCACGUCAGAGGCCAUCUGUAGUUGGGUGUUUGAACACCGUGAAGCCGUCCUCCACUGGCUGCAGCCCCCAGGAACAAAGUCCCGUCUGCUGGAGCAUGAGCUCACUAAAGGCCCUGCUCUACUGAUGUUCCUGCCUCACAAUCCACUGGGGUCCCAGCCCAGCAUCUUACUACAACAGGUGGCAGACAUUGCUGUGCGUUAUCACUCUUGUGACAAUAGUAACCACUCCGGCUUGGACAACACUUUCACCUCCCACUCACUGUGCUGCCAGUCACUUAUUCUCCCAGAGUCAAGCACCAGUGUGUGUGAGGUUUGUCUAAGCUCGUCACGGCCGAGCCUCACCACCUCUUCCAUUCUUUGCCCGCUCGCCUUCAGAGAAGACGUGUCUUUCAGAGACUGCUGCCUCCACCAGCUACCCUCCCCUAUCUCUGUAAAAACUGCAAUCUCAACGAGCUGUAGCACUUUUCUGGACAGCUACAGCCCGUUUACUCAAUACAGUGCCUGCUGCAGAAAAGUAGAACCUCAACUCAACGAGUCACAAGCCAAAGAGGAGCCACACUUGCAAACAGUUCCCCUGACACCUCCUCCUUCUUCUCCUUCUCCUUCUCCUUCUUCUUCUUCCGUAAACCCUCCAUCACCUGCCCCCCAGCAGGAGGGAGAUGGCAUCACAGGGCUACGUUGUCAGACCAAUAGGACGCUCAGGUUUUAUGUGCUGGAUCUGGAUCUGAACUGGCCUCUGGCAGUCAGGCUUGGAGCAUCAAGCAACAGAAGUUCUUCUCUUCACCACGAGGCCGGUGCACAGGGUGAUGGCAGCGGCGACAAGUCGUUCGCAGCUAUCGUGAACCUGAAGGACGAGGUUCAUUAUGUUCUCCACCGCAACCCAGCGGCCACGCUGACGGAGUCUCUGGAGGCCUUCAUCAGGAACUUCAGCGCUCCGUACAUCCUCUUGCAGAGACACUUGGUUGGACAGGAGGACGGGAAGAGAGGUGAGGACGAAGCCAAGCGUCCAGACGAGCACCAGCGUUCACCUUCACGCCUCCUCAUCACAGAACUGUCCACGUCCUCCUUCCUGCCCUACGUCAUGGACGUUCAGAAGGAUGUGGUGCUGUUCUACUACACUCAGUGGUGUGGAUUCUGCUCUGUCCUCAACCACAUCAUCAUCCAGCUGGCCAGGUUACUACAAGGAAACAGCACCAUCACCGUGGCCAGGGUGAAUGUUGCACGUAAUGACCUUCCCUGGGAGUUCAUGGUGGAUCACGUGCCCUCGAUCCUUCUCUUUCCCAAACACAGAAAACACCUCAGCGUGAAGUUCCCUGACGACCUCCCCAUCACGUUACCCAACCUCCUCCGCUUCAUCCUGCAGCACUCGGGCUCCGUGCACCACGCCACAGACAAACCGUCUGCUGAGGCCGAGCUCCCGGGGUCCGGCGCCAUCCUCCACGCUGAGUUCCGGGCGCUGCAGCGCGAAGUUCAGACCCUGCACGACGCCCGCGAGCGCCUUUCCCAACAGCUGGCGCAGCUCUGGCGGGACAACCGUCGGCUGACGUUCGACGCCCGCAGCCUGGAGGCGGAGAACGCCGAGCUGCAGCGGGAGAGGAGGAGUUUGGAGGCGCAGCACCGGGAGAAAAGCCGGCAGCUCGGGGAGGCCGUGAGGCGGCUGCAGGAGCUGGCGGACACGUCCGAGAGCCUCCUGAACGAGAACGCGCUGCUCAGGGUCCUGCUGAGGGCGCUGAAGGACAGGACAGAGGCUAGAGGGCAGGAGCCGGAGAGGAAAGAGGAAGAGCAGCAGAAACGAAGCCACAUGGCGUCAUGAGCACGAGACCCCAGGGGAGUCCUGUGAAUGACGUGACAAAAGGAAAUGAAGGAUGAGACAGACACAAUAAAAUGAGGCUAAAACCUGAAAAUGCAACAGCCAAGUGAAUUUCCUCAUGAGAGAAAAAUAGGGAAUGAAACGACCGUGAUGUGUUUUUAAAAACCGCUGCUCAGUCGUGGGACUUUAUGUUUGGAAACACAGAGGAAGAACAGUUGUCUCAGCGCCGUGAGGAUUUGAGCUCAUCCACUAAGAAACACACUAGUUUGUGAAGAUGCUAGCAUUUGUCCAGACUUGACGCUUGCAGAGAUUUAACAUGUGCAAGGAGGGAAGAAGUAACCUGAGUGAACGUGCCACACAAACCCUGCAGCCAAAUCCAGCCUCCCUCAAUAAUUACUGUAACCUCAUAAAAGCCUGUUUUUGUUCAACGAAGGCUGGAUUUAAACUUCACACGCGACGGUUUGAAAUCACCUGUAACCUCUGAAAAUGGCUUGUGUAGUAAAUUAAGUUUAACAGGGAACACGAGGUAGGAACAGCGGCCGUUUAUUUUUUUUCUUUAACCAGAGUCCAGUUCCUGCUUCGUUUCACAUUAAAAACCUGUUACCCGUAAUUUACAGCCGACGUCCUGGAAACCUCGCACAUAAUUUGCUUAAAACUGCCUCGUAUUCUGCUAAUUUUAAGCCGUUGUGGUCACUUGCAUUUAUUCUGCCCCACAGUUGAAUACUUGUGAUUUUUCAGUUGCACUAGUUUUGUGUUUUUGAAUUGAUAAAUACAAUCACAGAUUCGUGUUUCUGUGAUUUGUUUUUUUUGUUUGUUUGCAUAUUCACGUCAUGGAUUUCUGCUCAUGCAUCAGAUAUGUGAAACAUUAAGGACUAACACAAGUAAAACGGUUUCCUGGAGAAGGGUGCUACGUUAGUUACACACAAGUGUUUUUAGGAUGUCUUUCGUUUUGAGUGAUGCGCAGUAGCGGUGGCCGCAUGUGGUUUGGCUGCAGGGAAAGAACGCCACUAAUGAAGCUGAGAUGUUAUUUACUGAAGAUCUACUGAAGAUGUGCUCGGUUGAUGUUUAGGUGAGCUUAAGAACACUUGAAAUGAUCAAAAUUAUUAUUAUUUUUAUUUGAUUUUUUGUUUGUUUUUUUUUCUUUUCGAAGGGGAUAAAGUUGUUUUGUUAAACCGAUCUAUUUUUACAGGAAUCCUUGAGUCACUAAAAUAAAUAUUUCUAUGUAACUAUUCAGGUAUUGCAAACGAGAUGCUGCAAUUGUUUACAUGUGAAAUAUUGCACCGAUUUUUACUGAUUAAAACAUUUUCAUCUUAUAAA